AAUACCUAUCAAAUUAAAAUCUAUGAUCUUCAAUUUAAUCAGAGAAUUACAAUGAAUGGUGGAACGACAGUAAACUUUUCGGUCCACAAUUGGCUGAAUUCCAGCUGACAGCGCCCCGAUGUGAACCGUGUGUUGUUUAUACGCAGUUAAAGAUAAAUAAAUACGGAAAGAUGAAGGUGAAGGUGGACUCGAAAAAAUGUGGUGUAUGCGGCGACAAAGCGCUUGGCUACAAUUUCAACGCGGUGACAUGCGAGAGCUGCAAGGCUUUUUUCAGAAGAAAUGCCCUGUUGCAGAAGGAGUUCAAGUGUCCAUUUGACAACCGAUGUGAGAUCACCCAGGUCACCAGGAGGUUCUGCCAGAAGUGCAGGCUUGACAAGUGUUUCAACAUAGGCAUGUGCAAAGACUUGAUCAUGUCGGAACAGGACAAGGUACUCAAGAGACAAAAAAUUGAGGAGAACAGGGCCAAAAAGAGGAGCAUCGAUGGUUUCAAAUCCGGCUUUAAAAAGAUCAAGAAAGAGAGGAACUCGACAGAUGCAGAGUCACAGGAGACUGAUAGUUUUAAUGGUGCAUUCACUGACUCCGAUUCUAAGGAAACUGUUAUGUCUGACCAGGGAUAUCAGCCCAAUAAUCAAAAUGUUGGUGUCAUUAACUAUACGAAAUUGGACAACAGUGUGGCCUCCCCAAACGAUUGUUUGGUGUCAUCAAGUGAUGAUAUUAGAAAAAUUAUGAGUACAGGCUCUGAGUUAAAUACACAAACGCCCAAAUUAGUGGAAAAAGAGCCAAGUGAAGUGGAGAAUCAUUUGUUAGACAAUUUAGUUAACAAUAAUGACCUUAAUUGUAAUAAUAAUAGUGAAAAUAAUCAAACAAGUGUUGCUGACAGUAAACAUAGGUUGGAUGUCACAAAAGAUGUGGUAGAGGAUGUUCAAAGAGCAAACUCUAUGGUGUCUAGCCCCAUAGAAUCGAUCCUUGUGGAGGCGAUUAAACUGGAGUACGAGGCGUACACAUCCAUAGCCCAAUGCUUGUCCCAUUCACGUGAAUUGAACGAUGCGGAAAGGGCGAAACUGAAUGAACUGAUCGUGGCCAACAAGGCUCUUUCGACACCUGUUGAUGCCGAAUUGAAAAACAUGUGCGGGGGAGACAAAUGCAAAUUUAAGGGUAACCCACAAAGAGCCCUAGAAGCGGACCCCGCGUUGGUGGACGUGAUAAACCUGACAGCAAUUGGUAUAAGGCGCUUGAUAAUAAUGGCAAAGAAAAUAAACGCCUUCAAAAACAUGUGCCAAGAAGACCAAGUUGCUUUAUUAAAAGGAGGAUGCACGGAAAUCAUGAUCUUGCGCAGUGCAAUAAACUACGAUGCCAAAAAACAGACUUGGAAGAUACCUCACAGCCAGGAAGAAAUGAAUUUAAACGUAGAUGUGCUGAAAUUGGCCAAGGGAAACAUGUACCAAGAACACGACCGAUUUAUCAAAACAUUCGACCCAGUUUGGAGGUCGGAUGAAAACAUAAUUUUAAUUUUGUGUGCCAUAGUCUUAUUCACGCCCGAUAGGCCCAGAGUCAUACACCAAGACGUCAUUAAAUUGGAACAGAAUGCCUAUUACUACCUGCUCAGACGUUAUUUGGAAAGUAUAUACCCAGGAUGCGAAGCCAAGUCGACGUUCCUAAAGCUCAUCCAAAAAAUUACGGAACUUCAUAAGCUCAAUGAAGAACUUGUUAAUGUUUACGUUAACGUAAACCCCUCAGAGGUCGAACCUCUGCUCAUUGAAAUAUUUGACUUGAAACACUGACCACACCGAAAGAUUUGUAAUUGUAAUUAUGAUGUAAUUAAUUUUAUUUUGCUCAGGUAUUAAUUUUAAAAAUGUUCUUUGUAAUUGUAUUAGAAAUCAAAUUUACCUUAUUGUAAAAAAGUUAAAUAGAUUAUUUUGGUAGAAAAACUAGUUUCCAAGUUGAAACAAAACACAUGAAUUGAAUUAUUAAUUAUGUGGAAAAUAUGUACAUUGGUAUUGUGUGUAAUGUGUGGUUAAUUUUUAAGUAUUUGAUUCAGGAUAAAAUGCCAUACUAGAUCUAACAUCACUAGCAAUAUUAUAUGCAUUUCCAAAGACAAAUCACUUACUAUUAGAUUCUGUUUAUUUUAUAGAGAAACAUAUUUUUUGUACAUUGCCAAAAUAGUACAAAGAUGUUUAGUAUGCCAUGCGUCCAGUAAUUUAUAUUUUAGCAUUUUCUUUUUGGAGCUUUUUAUGUGAUACAUAUAUUAUAUUUACGCAAAAUAUGAUUUAACAAUGUCAGUACACUGUUAUUUAUUUAUAAGGUUUAUGUAUACAAAAUAAAUAUAAUGUUAUUUAUUUUUAAGAUAAUAUAAAUUUGUUAUUA